ACAGUUUUUGCUAUAGUGUGUAUAUUUCUCAACUCCUUUUCUUUGUUUCCAAGAGUACCUAGCUUUAUGGCUUUCUGCCACAAUAUCUCUCUUUCCGGCAGUCUUCCGGCCAACUAUCCGCCGGAGCAACAUGUUCUUUGCAGCCUUGAUGACCUCCUUUCCGGCCAUUCCGUGGAAGAAGUUGAUGUUAACAUGGAAUGGCUAUCAAUAUUUGUGGAAGAUUGUUUAUCAAGCAGUGGAAAUUGUAUCCCGCCACCACUAAAACCCCCCCAGAGUACAACUUUUAAAGCAGAAGGUACCACACCAGAACAAGCAAAAGUAAAAGAAACUAAUUCGAUGCUUAAAAUAGUUGUACCUAGCAAGGCAAGGAGCAAAAUAAAAAGAAGCCCAAAAUGUUGGUCUAAGCCCAAAAUGCUGCAUCAACAUUAUUGGUUAGCUGAAAGUGACCCAAAAAAAUGUACAACUCAUAACAGCAUUGGAUUUGGCACUAGUAGUAGUAGUUCCGGGCAGGGGCAAGGAAGGAAAUGUACACAUUGUCUCUCACAAAGAACCCCACAGUGGAGGGCAGGGCCAAAAGGACCAAAAACAUUGUGUAAUGCAUGUGGAGUGAGAUAUAAGUCGGGCAGGCUGCUGCCCGAAUAUAGACCAGCCAAAAGUCCUACCUUUGUGAAUCAUAAACAUUCUAAUUCUCACAAGAAAGUGUUGGAAAUGAGAAUGUCUAUUAUCCUAUAAUGUAGUAAUUCUACUUUAUGCUAGUUCGUUAGUACAAUAGUAGUAUUUUUGUUCCAUCUUAAACCAUAUGUACAAAUUAGCGUUGAUGGGAUUUAUGUUUUAGAAGUAUUAAUUUCUUUAGUUAAUGGGAUUAGUAAUUACUUGAUUUUUCUUCAAAA